AUGUCAUCUACGAGUGAGCAGCCAACGCCUGACAAGGGCCCCAAGAAGAGAAUCAUUCUAUGCUGCGACGGUACGUGGUUCGACAGCGACGAUGGCUUCAACAAGGCAACGAGCAAAAACGGCGCCACUGUGCAAGUGGCCUCCAACGUGACUCGCAUCUCGCGCUGCUUCAAGCGCCGCUGCAGCGACGGCACUCUGCAAAUCAUCAACUACGAGUCGGGCGUGGGCACCGGCAGCAACACAAUAGAUACGCUCACUGGCGGUGCUUUCGGCCUAGGAUUAACACAGCGUGUUCGUGAAGCGUACGCCUUUCUCUGCGCCAACUAUGCGGACGGCGAUGAGAUUAUACUCCUUGGAUGGUCUCGCGGUGCCUUUACAGUACGGUCCGUCGCUGGAAUUAUUGGCAAGCUGGGAUUGCUCACCCGAGAAGGCAUGGACUCGUUUGUGCCCGUCUUCAAGGAUAUGCAGCAUUGGAAGGACGCCGCGUAUAAUGACCCAUUUCCCAAAACGCCCUUUCCAGACAAGCCCAAAGGCGAUGACGCCGCAGACAUUUACCGUCAAAGACUCGAGAAGAUGGGCCUUACACGUGUAAAUCAGGCGAGCGGUGAGCUCAUCAAGGUCAAGGCCAUUGGUGUUUGGGAUACCUGGCAUGAUACAGACCUCUCCGACCGCAUUGAGCACGCCUUUCAGGCUUUGGCCCUAGACGAGAGCAGAUCUCCAUACACACCCGCAGUAUGGGAACGACGGCCCGAGAACAAACUAACAACCGAUCUGCGACAAGUUUGGUUUCCCGGCACACACGGAAACUGCGGGGGCGGUGUUGAAGAUGUCGGCAUGGCGAAUAUCACACUGACUUGGAUGAUGGAUCAGAUGGCCUCGGUCGGCGUAGAAUUCUUCGCACCGUCCGUUCUGCGCAUGAUUUCGCAGCAGCUCCAGCAGUACGAAAUCAAGGCCGAGCAGGUCGCCGCUCGCACCCGCAAAGCACCACCGCAAUGGGCCGUCGGCACCAUCUUUGACGCCAACGCGCCCGUCCGUCCCUGGUCCAUGGGCGCGCUGCAGAAGCCCCCGAGCGCCAUCGACUGGAUCACCGGCAAAACCGCGCGCACGCCGGGCCAGUACCGCCGCAUCGACCCGGCCACGGGCGACAGCCGGCACGGGCCGUUCCUGCUCGACACCAACGAGCGCAUCCACAGCUCCGCGCGCGUCCGCCUCGCGUGCCGUGGCUUGGGAAUAAACGACGACGGGGACUGGACGGCGCCGACGCUGACUGCUUGGCGGCUGCGCCGGACGACGACGCGGUUCGCGGAUCCCGUCCCGCGCGAUCCGCUCUGGGACCCGGCCAACCACGAAAAGGUCCCGGUGGCGGCGGCGACUGCGGCGGAAGAAUGGGGCCGCAAGCCUAAUGAAGAAGAAGGAGAGCGCUGGAUAUGGGAGUAUGCGGGCCCGGAGGAGCAGGCGCCGACCGAGAAGAGGCAGAGGGUGCUCGUGGAGGAGCCGCUGGGCCCGUACGAGCGCUUUCUGCUGAACCAAGUGGGCGGCACGCCCAAUGUGUAUGUUUUCGCAGAGGGGAAAGACAUGCGUGACAGGGUGUCGCGAAAUGAGGGACGAGAGCAAGAUUCAGAGACGGAGACGGACAUGCCGGCGGCGAAAUGA